AUGUCGAAACGUAGAAAAAUCUCUAACGCGGAUAUGAAUGAAGUUGCAUCCACGUCCGAACACCACGGUGACGGCGAAAGCAUCCACACAAAAUGCUGUAUCUGUUCCAAACAUCCGAAGGGCAGAAGCUUGCUCGAACUUUGUACGGUUGUGGAAAGCGACCGAACCAUUGCUUCCAUCGUCGAGCAGGUGGCCGGCAUUAAGAUAAAACAUGUUCAAAAAAGCAUUUGCAAUGCUUGCUGGACAAAGAUACAGGCUGCGUACACAAUACAGAAGGAAAUUAGAGACUCCGAAUGUAUAGAAGAACAGGACAUGCUGGAUGAUUAUGAGCUUGACGAACAGCUCGAUUUUAAGGAUGAAUUCAACACAAAACACACUGAUGACUACGACGAGGAUCAGGUGGAAAAUGCGGAAGACGUCAUCGUCAAGCAGGAAACUGCACACCCCGACGAUGAAUAUGUAAUCGAAUAUUUGGAAGAAAAUGUGUACGAUAACGACGAAGAACAAGGCCGGCCUGCAAAUGACAACGAUCCAGACAUAGCGAUUGAAAUAUCAGCUAAUGAAACGUACGAGGAACCAACCGAGGAGUACGGUAAAGUGACGCGCGUAUUUAAAAUGCCCGUUGCGGCAACGAUCGUCAGCAUUACGAUGCACGAUCAGUACCGCGUAGUUGAGGUUACGGGAGAACGUUGCUGUGGCUGUAGCUUUGUGGCCCAAACACGCAAAGAACUGUUGCAACAUUCGGAAACGGUUCACUGCGUUGAAAUUAACGAUCACGGAGACUAUUGCCCGAUUUGUUUCUACAAGUUUGCGACGGAUCAGGAGCUCGAGCAACACAUCCAAGAGUUUAAGGCGAACAAGAUGUAUGUCUGUUUGCGUUGCAACUAUUUCUUUAACGUGCGUGGCCAUCUGAUCGAUCAUAUUGCGAGCUGUUACGAAGCUGGUGAGACGUCGUCAGCAACGGGAAAUGGUUCGGUAACAAUCGAACGUAUCUCGAAGGAGGAGGAGGAUGAAGAUGACGAGUAUUAUCUGCAACAGGAUGCAGCGGAUGCAGAAGAUGAACAAAUGCCGUCACAAUCGGAUGGAGGCGGUCACACACAAAAUGCAUCGGAUCCGCGUGUGAUGCACCGAUAUAGAGCCCUGUUCGAGGAGAUACUGUCGAACGACCAGCUAUCGAGCCCGCUAACCGAAUUGGAACUUAACGUCCAGGAAAUACAAAUAACUGCCCAACAUGUGUUCGAAACAUUCAAGUAUGUCCGGUUACGUGGCUUACGUUGUUGUGGAUGCUCUUACACCUGCUAUUCAAGCGCUCUCCUUCUAGAGCACGGAAAAACAAGUCAUCCGAUGAUGGAAAGCGGCGGCGCUGUUGGUAACCCAUCCUGCCAGCUGUGCUGGACCCGGUUCCCAAACGAAACGGAACUUGUAAAGCAUUUGUGCUUUUUCACCACCAAACAGCUGUUCUUCUGUACGGUUUGUGACGAAUCGUUCCUCAACCACGAAAGCUUACGCCACCAUCAGCUGCACAACGAACAACACCGGGACCAGUUGAACCAACAGUUCCAACAGGCCGGUAUCGAAAUGCUCGAACCGUUUGUCGAACUUGAUCAACCACCGAUCGUUGACGAGUUGGGAAAAUUGUUGGCCGAAAAGGUUAGCUACAGACCUAAAAUAAUACGCUGUAUUCCGAUGCCGGCCACACGAUUCAUAAAGAACAGGACAGAGUACAACAACUACAGCACACUUACCGUUGUGGGUGAGUAUUGCUGUGGCUGUGCCAAAUUCUUCGAUACACUCGCCGAACUCCGGGUACACGCCAAAACGGAACACUAUCUACCGCUUGACUCGAGUGCCCAGCUUUUCGGUCAUCAGUGUGAAUUCUGUUAUGCCGUUUUUGAUUACGAGCGCGGACUUUUUAUGCACAACGCUUGCCGUCGCACGAAGGAAAAAACGCUACAUGAGUGCAAGCUUUGUGGGAUGCUUUUUUCGAAAAAGUUUUGUCUCGCCCGGCACAUGCAAUCGGCACCGAACCAUCUGUCGCGGUUAAUUGUCGAUGCAAACCUUAAGGUGGAUCGGGAUGAGGAACGAGAGGAAGAUUCGGAGGCAUCCAGCAGCGCACCAGUCGAAGCAAUUGAAUCGGAUCCACGUGUACUGGAAGCGUUACAACUACACCGUUCGGUUGAAGAGAAAGGCUUGGAAAGGGUUGGCCAUCUCGUGUGGUAUCACUGUUGCUUUCCGAAAUGUCCGGAAACGUUUACCAGUGAGGAAGCGCUGCUAGCUCACGCCCAGGACGAGCACAAUGGGCAGCGGCGUGAAAACAACCACGAACGUAAGGAAGAUACGAACGUGUGUCCUGCCUGCUGUAAAUCAUUCCAAACCUUGGCCAAGCUGAUGUGGCAUCGAGUGAAACGGUUUGUUCCGCGUAAAUACCCCUGCAAACAGUGUGAUAAAAUAUUCAACCAAUGGGUAAAGCUAAAGAUGCACGUAGAGCUCGAACACAACGGAACACCGCCCAACUUCCCCUGCCCACAGUGUGGCAAAUCGUUCAUUGUACGGUCGCGGCUGAAAGCUCACCUAAAAACGCACAGCGAACGGAAAGAACAUGCGUGCGACGUGUGUGAUGCUUCCUUUCACAAUAAGGGACUACUGAAGCGUCAUCGUCGGGCCCUACACUCCACCGAACUACUGUUCGAGUGUAAGCACUGUUCGAAAAAGUUUGCCGUAGUGGAAAAGUUUAAAAUUCAUCAACGUGUACAUACUGGCGAACGGCCGUUCGAGUGUACAUUCUGUCCACGAACGUUUCUUCACUUUUCCGACCGCAAGCGGCACGAGAUGGCUACCCACACCGGGGAACGACCGUUCAAAUGUAAGCUCUGUACGGCGUCGUACAUUCGCAACAGGGAGCUGAAUUUGCACAUGCAAAAACAUCGAGUGGAUGGUAGCGGGAAAAAGUCCAUUAAACAGUAA